AUGGCUGACAAAACUCAAGCAAGCCUUCUCCUUGCAAAACAACUCAAAGAUCUUUCGAGAAAUCCAGUUGAUGGAUUCUCUGCCGGGUUAGUUAAUGAUGAUAAUAUGUUUGAAUGGAGUCUCAAGAUUAUUGGACCUUCCGGUACUUAUGAUGGAGGAUUCUUUGAUGCUAUCAUGACGUUUCCUGCCAAUUAUCCCAACAGCCCUCCAACAGUAAAGUUUGUGUCAGAUAUGUGGCAUCCGAAUGUUUAUUACCCCGAUGGAAAAGUCUGCAUAUCGAUUCUUCAUGAUCCAGGAGAAGACCCGAAUGGUUAUGAGCUUUCGAGUGAGAGAUGGAUGCCUAUUCAUACGGUGGAAAGCAUAGUUUUGAGUAUUAUAUCGUUGCUUUCGAGUCCGAAUGACGGGUCUCCUGCAAACGUUGAGGCUGCGAUAGAAUGGAGGUCUAAAAGAGGUGAUUUUAUAAAGAGAGUAAAACGCAUUGUGAGACAAUCACAAGAAGGCUGA